GCGUUGGAAACACAACCGUGAAACCGUCCACUUCAGUCAAACGCAGACGGUCACUGCGCGACCACGUACCUGAAUAAGUAUCGAUAACGAAGGGAAUGACAAUGUCGCACUCGGUAACAAUCAGGACGCAAACGGUGACUAGCAGCUCUACGGCGGUCAUCGUCAACAGUGGCUACUUGAAGACGUGGACCGGCUUUAUAAAGUUGUUGCAGUUGGCGCUGGGAAUCGUUUGCGUGGGAAUAGUCGGUCAUGAGCACUCCGUGUAUACAAUCUCCGCUGAGAUCUUUUUCCUCUUAAUUGCGACAACGUUUCUGAUCGGUACGUUCAUUAUCGUUGUGAGUUGCCUAGCAUCGCUUUCAACGUCCUCCAUCAUCGUCAAAACCAUCUAUGAACUUAUGUACCAUGCUAUAGCAUUCGGAUUAUAUCUAGCUGCAUCGUUGACGUAUCUGGUGCAUGUUUCCAACAGAAACUACGGAAGGAGUUACGAAGUGACGAUGGGCGCUGCUAUCUGCGGUUUGGUGAACUCGGCGCUAUAUUUUUUGAGCACGAUCAUGGCUGUACGCACGUACAGAGGAAUUUAAAGGCAUCUUGUAUUUCGCCAAGAAUUUUCAAACACCUGCCUGCCUUUAAAUCGUGCAUACAAUAUGUUUCGCGCCAUCUAUAGACCGUCGAGAGAUUUGGUUCACGCCGGUGUUUCGAUAUCGAACGCGAUUCGAGUAUUAUCUAAGUCACGAUUUUUCAUAUAGAAGUACAAUUUGUCAAACGAUAUUUGUCGUAUUUCACGUGUGUACAAAUAUUUCUGCUGCAUCUUUCGAAACGCAUUACGUAUCAACGACCACACGAUGCUCGUUGCAAACGCACAAAACGAUGAAAAAGUUACUAUUUCGGUUAUAGAUUUUUGUUUACUCAUUAUAUAGACUCCCUAUCGACCGAUAUACUGUAUCUGCAUUUUAUACUUCAUACGAAUUUUCCAUAUACGUUAUUCGUACAUACAAUUAUACAAAGUAUAUAUGUAUAUAUACAUACUAACAUGUAUACUUAUUAUAAAUAAUAUUUAUAUUGAAAGAAAACAAAAUGAAAUAAAGAUUGUCUCAAGGACAGAUUAUUGACAUUAAGAUAGAAAUUGACUGCAACGACAUAACGACUGAUUAAAAUGGUGAUCGAAAGUAUUAGACACCCAUAAAGCUUUGAAUCAUAUAACACUAUUAUUAAUGUUCUCAGGUGAAACGAACAUCACCCGCGGUGACAC